AUUAAAAUUUACAUUUUGUCGAGUAACGUAAGUGUAUUUGACGACAAACACCUCAGAAAUGUUGUUUCGGUAAUACAGACGAAAAAAAAUGUGUUAACAGGAAAGCAGAUUGUUUUUUAUCGCAAAAUGAUAAGAUAGGUAGAUAUUGUUUAAUGAUUUUCAAGAAAACAAUUAGCAAAUUAUCGUUUUGAUAUCUACUUACUUCUUUUAAGAUUAUUAUUUAGUAAUAAUGAUUUUUAAAAAUUAAAUUUUCAUUAUCAUCGCUAGUCAAUGUAUAAAUAUUAUAGUGACUAGUAUUUAAUUUUUAACUGCUGGAUACUCACUUCAUUUACUUAUUAAUAAAAAAAAAUGAAGGUCCUAUAUGUAUUAUUUGCAUUGGAUAUUUUGAAUAUUUCUAUACCCAUUCCUAUUUUUGGGGUAUUCAUAAGAUCUCUUGGUGGUACACCGUCUACAUUGGGUAUAAUAAAUUCAUGUUGUGCCCUAGUCGGAUUACUUCUGAAUCCAAUCGUUGGCAGUUUAAGUGACCAGAUAGGCAGACGUGGACUCUUCAUCAAGUGUUUGACAGCAAAUCUCGUGGGGAAUGUAUUAUUAACGUUUUUCUCCAAUUCUUUGCCUCUGGUUUUUGUUAGUAGACUAAUUGCAGCUUUCGGAAGUCCUUGCAAUAUCCUCCUAAGGACAAUUGUCACCGACAUCUACAAGACUACCGAAGAAAAAAAAGCGUUUUUUGAUAAAGCGGCGCCAGUCCUAUCCAUAUCCUUUUUGGGUGGGACUCUCCUUAGCGGAUUUUUAAGCGAACUCAACAAUGGUUUUCUCAAAGUAUUCAUGCUACUUGUUGUCGCCAACUCCCUCUCUGUUUAUAUAGCAAGUACAAUACUCCCCAUAGAUGACAAGCCUCAAAAACCAACUGAAAAUACUUCUAUCACAACCAAAGCCUUAAAAGAGCUUAAAUCAGCAGCUGUAAACAUAAAAACCAUCUCCUGGCCAAGAUACUGGGACAUAUUCUUGAUAAAAGGAUGCUAUGAUUUCAGUAUGACGAUAAUUCUCUCAAAUCUAGGCCUUAUACUGUUGAAUGAGUUCGGAAUUCAGGGUAGAAAAAUGGGAUAUGUCUUUCUAUUCACCGGAGUGUCUGGUGUGGCGUCAAACAUUCUGAAAAUGAAGCUUAAGAAAGUCUUUGACAAGAUCCCAGACUACAACAAAGUGAUAUAUGCUGGAACUGUAUUAUUCAUCACAUAUAUUGGCCUAAGUUCAGCUGGCUCUAUAUACACGUUUAUGUUUUUCCUUGUGGCGCUUUGCAUGACUAGGUCCUUUAUUGAGACGACUUUAACAGAAAUAAUCACGACAAAAACACAAGAAACAGAUAAAGGCAAAGUGAUUGCGGCUUUCGAAAAUUUGUCCCCUCUAGCGUUCUUUGUAGUUCCAGCGACAUCAGGCUUUGUAGCUGAGAUAUUUGGUCAAAGGAUUCUAGUUGCCUCUGCUGCAAUACCGAUAAGUGUAGCAAUACUCUUAGCGAAUAGCAGGAAAAAUAAGACUGAUUAAAAAUGUAUAUGUAGAUUGAAAUAAAUGUAAAUAAUUUAUAAGCCUAGUCUAAAAAUAAAGUAUUCUUUGUCUAACGUA